AUUUGCUGUUUUUAGCUUCUAGUGCUCCAUAAAAUUGAUGAGUCUUAGUUCCACCACUCUUCAAAAAUGAGCAAUUCCAUAGAGGGGUUGUUUCCAAACACAAUAAGCUAUGCUAACUUGCCUUUUGACUUAAUUGACUUGGUUUUUUCCUAUUUGCCUAAGAGCCAAAUCUGGUUAUUCACUCUAUCAGAUACAAAAUCAUUCCAAUAUCAGGCAUGGAAACAUUUGUUCAAAAAAAUCUCUUUAGGUGGUUUGUUUUUUUCCGACGCAUUUUUAACAAUUGACGUUAAAGAUUUUUAUAUGUUUGGUGAUCGGUUCAUUCAGUAUACUCAUAGUUUAAUUAUAAAUUUGGAUUUGAUUCUUAUGGAUAUGAAUAUUAAUAUUGCACCAGUAUUCUAUAUUUUUAUGGCAAAACAAAAUUUAAAGUCAGCCUCUUUUAUAUUUUUUGAAGAAACUUCCAAACUAGAUUUGGAUUCAAAAGAAAUCCAGACCUAUUGUACUACACUUUGGGUGAUUAAUAAUUUAGUUAAAUCUCUAUUAGUAUCAAAUACUGAGUCCUUAAUUAAUCUUACAAUUGAUUUUAAUGACUUUCCGAAUUUUGAAUAUGAUCUUUCUUUUCUCAAGCUUUUAAAUCGUUGCUGUCACCUUAAAAAACUUAAGGUAUUAUUUCCCACCAGAAAUAUUUCCACGGAUACUAUAUUUUUUUUAAAACAAAACAAUAUUGAAUUUUCUCUGACACUAUCUUCUUUUAAACUUUUCAAUUCUCAAAAGAUUUCUCAUUGUUUAAAUACAUUUACUAAUUUAAAACGCUUAAUUCUAUUCGAUUGUCAAAUUUUUCGCAUUGACAAUUUUUCCUCUUUAAUAAAUUUAGAAUAUUUAUCAUUAGCUCAUAAUUAUAUUUAUGAAAUCGAUCCAAAUAUUUUUUUUCCAAAAUUGAAAGUUUUAGAUUUAAAAUAUAACAAUCUUUGUUCUAUUCCAAAAAUACUAUUUUUGUCAAAUUUAAAAUAUUUAGAUGUGUCUUAUAAUUACAUCUCUGAUAUUCAAGAUUUAUCAAAUUUGAGAAAACUCCAGGAAUUUAAAGCUCAUAACAAUCUCAUUUCAGAUGUCCAAUCACUUAAUAACUUGACUAAUCUUAAAACAUUAUUUUUGGCUAAUAAUGAAAUUGUGGAUAUUUCUCCAUUAUCAAGACUAGUCAAUUUGGUUAGCUUAGAAUUAAGUUUUAAUUCAAUUACUAAAGCUUUGAUUUUUAAUAAUUUCAAAUCUCUUCAAUUCUUACUGUUAUGUGACAAUGAAAUUAAUAAAUUUCAUAUAUCAGAUGAUUCACAGCUACUAUCUUUAACACAAUUGAAUUUGGCAAACAAUAAAUUAUCCACUUUGAAAAACAUCGAUAAAUUAAUUAAUUUGAAAGGUUUAGUUGUAUCGUCAAACAAACUUACAGAACUAUCUGAUGGGAUUUUAAAUUUAAAAGAAUUAACAAGUUUAUAUUUGACUGACAAUGAAAUCAAAGGUUGCUUCACAAUAAAAAAUGGCUACUUUAAUAAAUUAAAAUUUUUUGAAAUCAAUAACAAUUUAAUUUCAAAUAUAAAAAUUGAAAAUAAUUCUCUUCAAAAUGUGAUUAGUUUGAGUUUAACACAUAAUCAGCUUCAAAAAAUUGAGUUUAUAAAUAAUGAAGAAUCCAUUUUUAACUCUUUCUUACCAAGAAUUGAAAAUUUAAAAUUGAACAAUAAUCAAAUCGAGUCAAUGGAAUGGCUAAAGGAUAUUGCUUUCAAUUCAAGAUUAAAAUUUGUCAAUUUAUCUGGUAACAAGAUCAAAACAAUCGAAAAAUUAAACAAUUUACAAUACUUGCAUAUUUUUAACUUAGCACAAAACAAAAUUAACAAUUACACCAAUUUAAGCUUCUAUUCUCAAGUCCAAGAUUUAAUCCUCAAAGCAAAAUAUUGACAUCCAAUGUAAUACACCCUUUGUAGACUACUGACUAGACUCAUCCAGCAUCACUUAACUUUAUUUAAGUUCAUCCAACUUCAUUUAGCUUCAUAUAGCUUUAUAGAUAAAAUUAUAUACAAUUAAAUCAAUACAAUAGCAUUUUUGCAUCUCUCUUUCGAA